CUCUACAGUGACUUCUCGGCUUUUAAAAGAGACCAAGAGCGUUUGAUAUCAAUGACCAAUGAUCUUGGAGUUGACUUUUUGGAAGGUCAACUGAUGAUGUCCAACGGCAUCGUAGACACCUCUUUUUUUCCACUCUCCGAUCAAACAAGAGUUGCAUCUCUUGUCAAUGACCAUCGUAUCAUCUAUGUUCUCGAAGUAGCCAAGUAUUAUGAUAGCACGACCCUUCCCAUCAUUAACCUGGUGAUGGACAUGUUAUCUAAAACUCUAGGUUUUGCUCCCGGUUUCAUGUUCAUACAAGAUGUUCCUUAUUUCGAUUUCUUGAACCGUGUCCGAAACGAGGAAGAGAAACUCAGAUCUCUAGGGCUAUGGGAAGUUCCUCAUCCAUGGCUAAAUAUUUUUGUCCCGAAAUCUCGAAUUCUAGAUUUUCAUGAUGGUGUUAUCAGUGGCCUUCUUCUCAACCAAACCGCAACUGCUGGUGUUACUCUCUUUUAUCCCACAAACCGAAACAAAUGGAACAACCUCAUGUCAACGAUGUCACCGGACGAAGACGUUUUUUAUGUGAUCGGAUUACUGCAGUCAGCUGGUGGAUCUCAAAAUUGGCAAGAACUCGAAAAUCUCAACGACAAGAUAAUUCAGUUUUGUGAAAACUCGGGAAUUAAGAUUAAAGAAUAUUUGAUGCAUUAUACAAGAAAAGAAGAUUGGAUUAAGCAUUUUGGACCAAAGUGGUAUGAUUUCUUGAGGAGGAAAAUUAUGUUUGAUCCCAAAAGACUAUUGUCUCCGGGACAAGACAUCUUUAAUUAACUUGUUUACAUGUAA